AUGCCUGGCAUCUUCUCUCGUCGCAAGAAGGACGCAAAGUCCAAGAAGAACGGACUCGACGACGCAGAUUUACUUCCGCAGAAGAAACAAUGGGACGAUGCUUGGACCCGCAAGACGGUUGAGCCCGAGGAGAUUCGGGAGCUUCUGCACGGCUGCUGUGAGGAGCUCAAGUCGCGAGGCCUCGAUCAUCCAUUCUUCCUACUCCCUUUCCGACCGACAUCGAACCCCAGUGCCGUCCGCACGUUUAUUCGAAACUUCUUCAGCCAAGACCCUCCGAUUAGCGGGGAGAUGCUGCUCCAGGAGCUGCGCAUGACAGAGCCCAUGGUCAUCUCGGGAGUCGUAAAAUGGUGCUGGAGCCGUCUUCACGGAGGCCUCGUUGGCUGGGAUGCGUAUGAGUUGUUCAAGGUUGGAGAACGAGACUCCAACAUGGCCCGCGAUUCAUUCAAAACGUUCAUCCCCCUCAGUGUGGAAAAUGCGGCGCGCCAGCAGAUAAUCUUCGAUUUCUUUGGUCUGAUAGCGGCGGUCGCUGCUCAUGGCAAGAACAAUGGCUUUGGUGGGCGCAAGCUGUCUCGUAUGGCCUCGUGGUGGGCCUUUGACCACAAUGAUACUGGCAAAGGUUUCGACGGUGGUUAUGGGGCAUGGCUUAGUGCUGCGGAUGCCACCAGUCAUCUCUUUUUCGCUUAUCUGAGGUCGCUUUCCCCUGAGCAGAACCCCACAGGAAUCACCAUGCUGCCCAGGUCUCUCCAGAAGCUGCUUCAGGAAACCGAGUAUCCUCCGCAGAGGCCGGAAUUGCUUUUAGUCAAGACCAAAAAGGUGGUCAUGAUUGUUGACACAGUUUCCCCGACCCCGUUCGCCUUGUUGCGCCGAGCAAACCACUUUCAAUACCGUGACUCGGAUAGCGAACUCCAGGAAUUUUCCAGCUACGAAGACCCAGUGCAGGCACUAACAGACGAAUGUCAGCGAGUCCUCAAGGCAAUCUCAUCGGCUAAUCAGUCACAAGCGUCGAGUGUCAAAGUUUCUACGAGCUUACGAGAUGCCUCUUGGUCGCGAUUCGAGGAUAUUGGAUUCGCCAGCUCCCUGGAGGAGGAAGACGACGACGAAGGAAGCGUCGUGCCAAAGAGAAACCAACAGCUCAAACAGUUCCAGGGCCUCCGCAACAGCCCUCUCUCCGGCGGCAACGGAUUGGCACGCCCGACUACGCCUUCGUGGGCAGACUUUUUGUCGGCCGGUUUCGUCGACGAUAACCAAUCAAGGCCCAAUUACCUGCUGCCUCCCGACAAGAUUCUCCCUCCGCUGUCGCCAGAUAGCCGUCAACACAGCUCGCAAUCUCAUAACCCAAGGCUCGAGAGCGAACGUGAUGUUGAGCCUGGAGAGCUCGCAAGUAUUAGGGUUAUCGACCUGGAUGAUGCUUUCUGGUGGGUGUGGAUGACCAGUCUUGCUCCAGAGGAGACCCCCGAACGCAAGUCAGCUUUUGGUAGAUGCGCUGUUGUUGAGACUUCCAUCCGUGGUUGCCGCUGGCUUGUUGUGGAGGAGAUCAUCGCAGGAGCAGCUCCCGACGCUCAAGAAGGAGCCUAUAUUGCGGAAAAGAAGGGAUUGUUUUCAUGGACAAAGCGUUCCAAGACCGUCUCUCGACGCAAGAAGUCUCUUGACAAGAAUGACAAGACUACAACCGCCAACGCCAACGAUAGCAAGGCCAGCAUUGGCCCGGAUGCUCAUGCUAGAGUCCAGGCAAAAGCUGCCCAGCUAAGAGCUCAGCAGGACCGAGAGGAGAACCGCCCGGCGCCUGUUGUUCGCCGCGGCCGCACAGAUGCCGAGUUGAUGGCUGAAAAGACUAAUAGUGUUAUGACCCUUCAGCCCCAUAUUCUGGGCGAGGCCUCCUCAGCCAUGAAGUGGGUUAAGAAGUACGACAAGGGUACCAUCAAGGAUAUGUAUAUGGCCAACGACAACGCAGGUCGAGGAAACGCAGUUCCCGAACCUACCGAAAACCACGAAACUUCCAGUGACAAUCUUCCCUCGCCCGCAGUGCCUCCAAAGGAUACUCUUUUGACACCGGCCGCCUCUCCUUUGCCCCAUGGACACUCUGCCUUAUCAUUGGUUCCCGAGAAUGUUUUGGAAGAGGCGCGAUCUCGCUCUCCUCUCCCUGAGCAGGCUCAAACUCCUGUGUCUGCCACUCCUGAGCAGCCAAAGGCGGAGCCCAGCCUACCUACACCGCCCAAAGAAGAGCCCGCUGCACGGGUUACGUCGCCUACCUUUAAUGGGAAGCCCUCGUCGUUCGAAACUCCACGGAGCCCCGAACCAAAACAACAGAAGGGUGGCUUCUUGAAGAUCUUUGGCCGCAAGAAGCGUGCCUCCAAGAACUUGGAAAGUGUUAAGACUGAUUUGAACAAGAUGCUUGAGCAGAACGCUGGCAAGAAGUCUAUCGAGAAGCCAAUGGCCAGUCCUGCCGUUGUCUCCCCAAUUGAGCAAGAACCGGACACGCCAGUGGACGGAGAGCCGAUCUACGAGCCGAUCUACGACCAGCCGGCCGAUGAUGAUGCUGCAAACGAUGAUGCCCCUAAUCAGCCAGAACCUGAGCACGAUUUCUCAAGAUUCGACCAAGGCCCUCUCGAUGAUGUACCAGCCUUUGUCCCAGAAGAUGAUGAUGAGGAUGAAUAUGAGGAUGCGGUGCCACCACCGAUUGCUCGUCCUGCCCCCAAGUUUCCCUCGAAGCUGCCCGUGAAAGAAGCAACUCCUGCUCCUCCUGCGAAAGAAGGACUCCCUGCUGGAAUUAGCCCUGGCAUUCAGGACCGUUUUGCCCAGCUCCGCAAGAAUGCGGCUGAGCGAACUUCUUCCCGCCCAGAUGACUUCCCCAAGCCCGCAAAGACUGAAGGCGAGGAUGGAGAAGAGACAAUCGAAUCUCGAGUCGCACGCAUCAAGGCCCGAGUCGCCGAGCUCACUGGCAACAUGGAGGGCACAUCAGUUCCUCUCCGUAAUAACUGA